AUGGAUGGGGAUGUGUUUGAUGAAAUCGAAUCCAUGGUUCAGAUGGAAGAACCAAAGGAAAUCGAAGUGAUUCGGGAAAUCCUGAAGGUAGAGAUGGCUCAGCCUCAAAUCGUGGUGCCAAAUUUAGAGAAGAAAAUGUCGGAGAAAAAAAAGACGGGAGCAAUAAGAAUUUGUGUUGAUUUUCGUAAUCUCAAUCUUGCAACUCCUAAAGAUGAAUACCCUAUGCCUAUGGUUGACCUCGUAGUUGAUGGGGCAGCCAAGCAUGAGAUCUUAUCCUUAAUGGAUGGGCACUCAGGCUAUAAUCAAAUUUUCAUAGCUGAGGAGGACAUCCACAAGACAGCCUUUAGAUGUCCCGGUUCUGUUGGAAACUUUGCGUAUGUGGUGAUGCAAUUCGGCCUCAAGAAUGCUAGGGCCACAUAUCAACGAGCGAUGAAUGCUAUCUUCACGACAUGA